ACACUUGACAGAAUGAUCCAAUAACAUGUGAAAAAAUACUUACUUUUUAAUUCUACUUGCUUAAACAUUCUAUAUUUUAAAAUUAUUUAUUAAUUUCGUGUAUAUUUUUAAACAUACAUAAGUAGAGAUGGUUGUAGUUCAACAUUUUCAAGAACUAAUCGACACCUUGGAUAAAACUAAAUUACUUAGUAUACCGAAAUGUAAAGAACCAUUUAUGAAAAUAGAAUUCGCAAAUUGCCACAGUGAUAAUAAAACAAUAUACAACGGUCCAGAACCUAUGUUACCUUUUGCUGCCAGUGAAAUAUUUCUUGCCACUAUAAAUAAAUGGAGAAGGUUAACUACUGUGGAUGAAAACUGCAAAUCUGUCUACGAAGUGUCUUUUGAUAUUGAAGUGAGUAACUUUGAUUUUAUACCCGGUGAUACAAUUGGAAUUGUUCCUCAAAAUAAUAAAUCGGAAGUUGAUGAUAUUAUCAAUCACCUGGACUUGAUUGAUGUAGUUGAUCUAAAUUAUACACUUAGUGUUGCCAGUGAACAGAAGGGUGCAAAGAUACCAGCCUAUAUACCAGUAACAUCAACCCUACGACAUGUACUCACUCACUGUGUAGAUCUUAGAGGAAUUAUAAAAAAGUUAUUUCUACUUGCUCUGGCACAGCACACCAAAGAUAAAUGUGAAAAGCGACUUUUGGAGUACCUCUGCAGCAAAGAAGGGUCUUCAGAAUACACAACUCAUAUCCUCAACAAAAGAAUUUGUGUGUUGGAUUUAUUUAAAUUAUUUAAAUCAUGUAAACCUCCAAUAGAAGUAAUUUUGGAACAUCUUCCUAGACUCUUACCUAGACCGUAUUCAAUUGUUAAUACAAGGCAUAGUAAUCCCAACAUAUUAAAAAUUUGUUUUUCUGUUCUGGAUAUUGGCGAUAAUAAGAAAGGUAUUACGACUGGCUGGUUAGAAGAAAUUAUUUUGCAAAAGUUUAAUAUUGAAGAAAAAAUGAAUAAUUUAAAUCUAUAUAAUGAAUCUGUUAAAGUACCAAUCUACCUACGAAAAAAUGUGAAUGAAUUUUGUUUACCUAAAAAUACAGAAAUUCCCCUUAUAUUAAUUGGCCCUGGGACUGGGGUUUCUCCAUUCAUAGGCUUUUUAGAAGAAAGAGAACAUUUACAGAAGAAUAAUUCAGAAAAAAAAUUUGGUUGCAUAUGGUUGUUUUUUGGAUGUCGCAACCCUAAACUUGAUUUCAUUUAUGAGGAUGAGCUAACAAAAUUCACUUCCAAAGGUGUUAUUAGUAAAUUUCUCACUUCGUUUUCAAGGGUAGAGAAUGCAGAUUUUCAUUAUGUACAGGAUGCAAUCAUAAAAAAUGGCGAAGAAGUUACAAAAUUAAUAAUGGAAGGUGCUCAAGUGUAUGUUUGUGGAGAUAUCAAAAAUAUGGCAACACAAGUCAAAGAUGCGCUUCGACAAAGUAUAGUCAAAUAUGGAAACUUAAACGAGGAGGAAGCAGAAAAUUUCAUAGACAUUAUGCAAAAAGAAAAAAGAUAUUUGAGUGAUGUAUGGAACUAAUGAUGAUGGUUGAGACUAGCUAUCUGCGAGGAACGUAUAAAUCGAAGGAACGCCAAAUCAGAA